AUGUUGAAAGCAAAAUGGAUGAAGUUGAAGGCCACAUAUACCGCCAUAGAGACCUACAAGUCGCAGCCGGGGGCAUUGUGGAGCACAGAGAAUGGUGCAGGGAUCAAUAUCUCGUCUGAGGCUGCUUGGGAUGAUUAUUUGAAAGUGAAGUCUCACAGAGUUAUGCGCCGGUUCAAGAACAACGGGUGGUCUCCUUACGAUGAUGUGGUACGCAUCAUGCUCAGGACUGCUCGCGGCACCUAUCCCUCCUACCCAGCAUCUACGUCUGCCGCUUCUGUUGCGUCCGUCCCGCCACCUACAACAUCUGGCAAGCGCACUCCGAACCCUUCAAUUAGAUCCUCCCCCUCCUUCGCUUCUUCAUCGAAGGUCUCCUCGAGGUCUACCUUCUCCGAUGAGACCGGCAAAAGCGGUGCAAACGCUGCUGUCAUUGCUGCUGCUGGUGCCGCUGCCGCUACCUUGUCCGUCCUCCAGGAAUCUCUCCAGCGCUUCGCUGUUGUAUUCGAGCAGACGAUGAAGACUCCGGAGGACAAGCCUCAGGCGCCCGCCGUCCAGGCCGUUGACCUCAUGCAGAAAGAGAAUCCGGGACUCAGUUCUAGUGAUAUAGCUGCUUUAGCAUUCGAGUUCGGUCGGCAACCGACCAUGGCGAGUAUAUUCCUUGGGCUUCCGGAGGCGGAAGUGCGGAAAACAUUCUUGCAUAUAUUGCUUGCUAAAUCAAAGCUUGGGGGGAUGCCAAAGGAAGCUAGUCAUCUCCCUUCGUAG